GGGUGUAUGAGCAGGAACUGGGGUCGGCGGUCGGGGUUAAAGGUCAUGGGGUUGGGAGGUCAGAGGUCGUGGCCGCGAUGAUGGCGGAUAAGGAGAAGAAAAAGAAGGAGAGCAUUCUCGACCUCUCCAAGUACAUAGACAAAACAAUCCGUGUGAAAUUUCAAGGCGGACGGGAAGCCAGUGGAAUUUUAAAAGGAUUUGAUCCACUUCUCAAUCUUGUAUUGGAUGGAACAAUAGAGUAUGUGAGAGAUCCAGAUGACCAAUACAAAUUGACUGAAGACACACGACAGCUUGGCUUGGUUGUAUGCAGAGGAACAUCAGUUGUUCUGAUUUGCCCACAGGAUGGGAUGGAGGCUAUUCCAAACCCUUUCAUACAACAACAAGAUGGUUAAUUUGAAAAUGUAUCAUCACAAUAUCUCAGGAUUCCAAUUUAGUUGGUUUUAUCCAAGUGGGCACUUGUAAUAUCACCAGCAGCACUGGAGGAUAUUUAUGAUUUGUUAGAUGGCAAGCAAGUCUUUACACCUUUGUUUUUAAUUCUUUUUGCAGAUCAGUUGUGAACUUAUUGCCAUCUAUGCAACCAUUCUGUAUUGCAGUACUAGCUGUACUGCACAGGUGUAUUGCCAGGCACAGUACAUUUAUACAUGGCAACAGUCUGUAACACAAUAGAACAAGAUUCUAGGAAUUGACCAGUGCCAGUAAACCUGCUGAACUGUCCACUAGAAUCAUUCUAGUGGAAGCAGUCACUUCAUUCAGACUUCAGCUGAAUCUCCCCAGCAGUAAUCUCUAGUGGUGGUUAAUUUUUUUUAAAAAAAAACAGCUGAUUUAGAAACCUGCAUUUUUAUACUCAAUUUGUUUAUGUAAAAUUGUUUCUGGAGUUUUAUUUUCUGAAGCAACUUUUACCCUUUUGUUUUUUAAAUGAAAUCAGUGUUGAACAGUUAUUCCUUUUGACUGUGAAUAACAUCACAUAGCUUAGGUUGGAGUCCUGCAUAUAAAUUGGUUUAAUAUAAGUCCCUUCAGAGAUUGGAUUAGUUUACUUUUUGAAGUUGGAUGUGGAUGACAAAGUCUUUCUUGUACAAUAAACUUUUUUUUUUCCAGUA